AUGGAGGGCGAGGAGGGUUGUAAGGAAAAUGUCAGGGGAGGAAAAAGACCACAGGAUGAAGCAAGAACUGGUGAUCAAGCUCCUACCAAAAAACAGCGAAAGUGUGGAGACGGAAACACAAAUGAGGCGAUGUUGAAGAAGCAAUCAGAUCUAAUUUGGGAGCUGCGCAGAGACUUAAGAGAUAAUCUAAGCAAAAGCGAAAUGAUAGAACUGCUAACAGAAAAUGGUCAACAGCCUCCAAAGGGUGAUAAGAUGUUGGACCAUCUGGUUGAUUGCAUGGUUUUCGGCAGCUGUUUACCGUGUCCAGAAUGUGGAGGACAACUCAGCUACAGCUCGACUUCAAAAAGCUAUAAAUGUGGUGGACAGCUUUCCGAAUACACAAAAUGCCUUCACUACAACAUUAAUCCUCAGCGCAAAAAGUUUGUCAUCCCUAAUGAACUGAAGAAGAAAAAUGCAUACCUGAAGAGUCUCAAAGUGAAUGUUCUUACGAAGCGAGUUUAUAACGACGCUUUAGCGAAUGAGAAAGUUGUUAGUCAUUCCGAUCAGUUCAAAUAUCUCGGAUCACGUGGGAUGAAAACCAAUGAAAUAAAAAAAGAUGCUGAAGGAAAAAGUUUAGGAGUGGGUUCGGGAUUGUCGCAACAGGUGGUCAAGGCAGGUACCGUUGUAGACCAAGAAUGUGAAUACGCGGAUGUUUCACAUGUUCAUCGCGGAAGAAAUGGAGUUUUGUAUUCUGUAGUUUUGGGGAGUGCUGAUACCCUGUCUAACAGAAACUCCUAUUACAAAAUACAGCUUCUAAAACAUGAUGAGAAACUGAAGUUUUACCUGUUUCGUUCGUGGGGACGUGUCGGGACUCUCAUUGGUGGUACAAAAACCGAAGUUUUUUGCAGUGAAGUUCAAGCCAUGGAGGCAUUCCAUCAGUAA